UCGGCAAAUAUACACUGCGCCCGUCCGCCUCCGCAAUCGACAACGAACCACUGGGCACCGGCCGCGGCUCGCAAGUGGCCUGCGUUCCUCUUCCACGCUCCGCCCACCCGUCCCGGGGCCCGCCGCAACCCGAUCCCUCCCCGCGCCCAACGAUGCCGGCCGGCCAGCCGCACGCGCACGAAGCCGCUGCCGCCGCCUGCGUCGGCAGCGGCGCGAACCACUCCAACCACCGAGUGCCGGCGCACUCGCCACCGCCGCUCCCCGCGGAGGUGGUGCCGGCGUACCCGCCCCCGGAGUCGGAGGACGACGAGACCUGGGUGUGGACGCAGAUCAAGGCGGAGGCCCGCCGCGACGCGGACGCGGAGCCGGCGCUCGCCUCCUUCCUCUACGCCACCGUGUUGUCCCACCCGUCCCUGCCCCGCUCCCUCUCCUUCCACCUCGCCAACAAGCUCUGCUCCUCCACGCUCCUCUCCACGCUCCUCUACGACCUCUUCCUCGCCACGCUCACCGCGCACCCCUCUCUCCGCGCCGCCGUCGUCGCCGACCUCCUCGCGGCCCACUCCCGCGACCCCGCCUGCGUCGGCUUCUCCCACUGCCUCCUCAACUACAAGGGCUUCCUCGCCAUCCAGGCCCACCGCGUCGCGCACGUGCUCUGGGCGCAGCAGCGACGGCCCCUCGCGCUCGCGCUCCAGUCCCGCGUCGCCGACGUCUUCGCCGUUGACAUCCACCCCGCCGCCGUCGUCGGGAAGGGAAUCCUCCUCGACCACGCCACCGGCGUCGUCAUCGGUGAGACGGCCGUCGUCGGCGACAACGUCUCCAUCCUCCACCACGUCACCUUGGGCGGGACCGGGAAGGCGGUGGGUGACCGGCACCCCAAGAUUGGGGAUGGCGUGCUGAUUGGAGCAGGGGCCACCAUUCUUGGUAACGUGAAAAUUGGUGCCGGGGCUAAGAUUGGAGCCGGAUCCGUGGUGCUGAUAGAUGUGCCGGCGAGGAGCACGGCGGUUGGGAACCCUGCCAGGCUGAUUGGUGGGAAGAAGGCCGAGGGUGCGAAUGAGGAGGACAUGCCAGGGGAGUCCAUGGAUCACACGUCCUUCAUACGUCAAUGGUCGGACUACACCAUUUGAGAGCGGUUAUCCAAGGUCUAUUGCUCUUCUUUUGUAUCACUAGUAAUGGUGAUGUACCAAAUACCGAGUACUUGCUCUUUGUUGUGUGCUAUGGUUUGUGUAUUGUACUUAGAAGCCUAGUGGUGUUUAUGAUCAUUGUCAGCUGAGUGUGCCAUGCCUGAAUACUGGUAAAUUUCGAUUGAUGGAUGGACAAAUCUGUAUGAGAGUUGGUUGGAAUUUGUCACAUUCCUUAUGAAACAAAUUCUGAGGACAGAAUGAAGCGUGUAAAGCGAUUAUCUUAUCUGAUGCAGUUUUUGUUAUUUG